AUGCCAAAGUUGAAAUGUAAAAAUGCAGCAAAAAAACAAAGUAGAGAUAAUAAAGAAAGGUUUUCAAAAACUAUAGAUGCAAAAAGUAAUGUUUCAGAAUAUAGAAUUUCAAAACUUUUAAUUUAUAAAUUAGAAAACAAUAAAAAAGAACUUAAUAAUAAAAUAGAACCUAAUAAAGAAGAAUCUAAAUGGUUAAUUAAUGAAGAUAAUUCUUUUUAUAAUUUAAAAGUUAUAAAAGGCAAUACAAGAGUUAAUAAGUUUGAAUAA